CGUUACCAAGCGAGUGGGGGAAUAUACCAGCAGUACGGAGGUCACGAGUGUGUCUUUGACGAGGGUUAUCGAAUAUUCGACGUCUUACUAAUCAUUUCUACUUUGUACUUGCUAGUAUCAUCAGUUCGCCAACAAUGCUGCCACGUUUCUUAAGACCGACUAUAAAUGUCGCUCAACAAGGUGCGAAAAGACUUUCGACCAGCGCCAAGUGAGAAAGAAAGAAAAAGGAUGAACGUGUGUCAGUGACACAUUAUCUUUCGAAAUUUUUCAAACGGUGGAUACUGAAAACUAUAAACGCGAUGUCAAGGUCGCCGUCAUGGGAGCCAGCGGUGGAAUUGGGCAACCGUUGUCGCUGUUGCUCAAGCAAUCUCCUCUCAUCAGCGAGUUAUCUUUAUACGAUAUUGUCAACACUCCUGGUGUCGCGGCUGACCUUUCUCAUAUUGACACUGCAUCCAAAGUUACUGGCUACACUGGUCCAGACCAAUUAAAAGAUUCGCUAAAAGGUGUUGAGGUCGUCGUAAUUCCUGCUGGUGUGCCUAGAAAACCAGGAAUGACGAGGGAUGAUCUAUUUAAUACAAACGCCUCUAUUGUUCGUGAUCUUGCUGUAGCAAUUGGACAAGUAUGCCCAAAGGCAUUAGUUGCUAUUAUUUCUAAUCCAGUUAACAGUACUGUACCUAUCGCUUGCGAAGCUUUAGCGAAAGCAGGCGUAUUUGACCCUAAGAGAGUAUUUGGCGUAACUACGCUCGAUAUUGUCAGGUCCAGCGCGUUCGUUGGCGAAGCUAAGUCGUUAGAUCCACAAAAAGUAACGGUACCAGUAAUCGGAGGUCACAGCGGCAUCACCAUUAUUCCUCUGCUUUCGCAAACAAAACCGUCCGUUAGUUUUUCUGAAAGUGAAGCAAAAAAACUCUCCGAGAGAAUCCAGGAAGCUGGUACAGAAGUUGUCAAAGCCAAAGCUGGUACUGGCUCGGCUACUUUAUCGAUGGCAUAUGCUGGAGCUCGAUUUACUUUUUCCCUGCUCAAAGCUUUGGCCGGACAACAGGGUAUAGUCGAGUGCUCUUAUGUUAGAUCCGACAUAUGUAAUACUAAAUAUUUCUCAUCUCCCGUUCUUUUGGGUAAAAAUGGAGUCGAAAAAGUUUUAGGAUUUGGUGAACUUAAUGCUUAUGAAAAGAAACUUCUAGAAGCUGCCAUUCCAGAGCUACAGAAGAACAUUAAAAAGGGAGAAGAUUUUGUAAAUAAAAAGUGAAUGAAUACGAGCCGAAUUUGUAGAGCACCACGACUCUUUGGAUAGCAGGAAGGAGAGUUAGCCUUGUGAUGAAUGGAACUGGUUACGACAUAUUCAUCAAACAUUUUCAUUUGUAGAAACAACUAGGCAGGCAUAUGGUGGUUCAAUGUUCGAAAUUGAUCAUGCUAGAUGAUAAGUAUAGAUUCAACACACAAUAUUGUCAAAUACUUGACAUUUGAAAAAGAACAAACAAUCAAAUGUGUCAUAUUUGUUAGAAGAUAACAUGUAAAUUAUAUAUUCAUUCUAUCAAAGAAAAAAGGAUUAACCCACUCGUAGUUA